CUGAGCACGCCAUGCUCUCCAUCGGGACCGGAGGAGAAAGACACGCCAAAACCACUGAUCCCGAGCCCGUCCUGUGAUUAUCUCCAGUCAGAUGUACAGGCGGAAACAUGCCUGCAUUCCGUUGUCAGGGCAAACGAAGAAAGUAAGGAGUCACGGCUGAUUUGUUUUUAAUAUUCCCAUGUUCCACAUGAGGGAGGUUAAGAUUGGAGAAAGCAUUUGUGUAUUAGUGUUGCUUUUUUCUGGGCUUGUGACCUGCUCAGGUGUUUUUGGAAGCCCUUUAACAGAUGAUGUGGCCACGUUGGACAUACUGAGUGAAAACAUUCCCAGUGACUACAGAAUACCUAUUCGCUUCAUCACCAAGGAUGUGGGUGGAGCUUGCUGGCUAUAUGUGAACCUGUAUCACGUCGAAAGCAGUUUAAAAACAUUGGCCCUCAAGUUUGGCAAUCUGUCCACCAAUAAAGUGAACAUCACUAUUUUUAUAACAAUGCUGGAGGGUUUUCGUUUCACUCUGGACAAUGAGGAGCUGGAGGUGACAAUGCAAACAUUCGAGUGCCACUAUAGAAGGGGAAAGUGGCCGACUAGACGUUACUUCAGUCAUGUUAAAGAGGUUCUUACAGCGGCUGGAUCUACACUUGGCAAGUUUCAUGACUGCACACCUCCUCCUUGCCAGAUCCCCGCAGCUCCUCCAUUCACACCAGGUCAAAGCAGACAGCAGAACGGUAUGAACGGAGCGAUUCACGGGCUCUUGGCGCUGUUCAUCAUCCCCAGCAUGGCACUUCUGGUCCUCUCUGUCAAGAUGGUAUUCAGAAGAAGCGGCUGUUGUGUGCAAAGAAUGCAUGAAGUCAGCUUGAAUGAGCCCCACGACGGAGCUGAAGAAAGCAGAACUGGGCCCCACAGCGGAGCUGCGCAAGGGGACCCUGAUUCCAGCUCUAGCAGCCAGCAGGACAGGGCGUGGCUGGAUUCUUUAGGGUGUGCAGACACAGAGGUUUAAAUGAAAAAUGCAUGAGGAAACUCAUUGGAAAUGGCAGUAUUUUGUGGUGGAGACCUCCGGGUUUAUGAAGCGGACAAUGAAGGGAAUAUUGUGGCUGUUCCAGGAGGGAUGCAUGAGAUGUUUCUAGACUUACUCAUCAAGCUGUACCUGCUCACCACAAAAAAAAACAUUAGGCUGAAGAGACGAAUCGCAACUUGUGUCAGGCUUAACUAAUCAGUGAGAGUCUGAUAUUCCGGGAUGCCAUCCUAAAAACUAUGGGAGAAUUUCAUCCGGCAGGAAGUGUGGCUCUUUGAUGAGCGCAUUGGCUGGUCUGCUGCGAUGCCCGCGGCAGCUUGUUGGCUUUGAGGAACGCCGCUGGUCCUGCAGGCCUCUGCGAGGAGGAUAAAUGGCUUUUUUGUGCCAGCGCACCAUUGCAUGAGGAUAGUGGUUUAUUUUGCACCAGAAAACAUCUUUGGAACAGAGCACAGGCUUGUCUAGAAACACGUUUGAUUUAGAGCGGGGGACAACAGUGCCAAGAUUUUUGGCGUUUACUACUCGUUUAUUAACCAAUAUUGAACCAGAUGAGAUCCUCACAAGAUCCGGUUCUUCUGAAGAGGGAAGGAUCUGACGGCUCUCGUUUCAUCCACUUUGGUUUUAACACGUUCAAACUCUGUGUCUCUCACACAAACACACUCUGGCUGGAAGAACCGAAUGUCUCUGUCCCUCUUGAGAUGGUCUGUAAUCCAGGUCAUCGGUCCGACUGCGUUUUAUUAACUAGUUUGGCCUUGUCCACAUGCUCGCACACUCCAGCGGCGCAACAAGAGCUGAUUGUUUUCGUGACAACAUGGGGAAAGCCAGAGAGCAUGAGAAAAGAGCUCACAUAGUAAAGAACAUCAACAUGACUCAUGUCCUAUAAUUCAAUCUCACUUGCUAUAGCAUCUCUCGCUCAUUCUAUUCCGGUGUCUGUUUUCUUGCUCACUGUAACUAAAUGGCAUUGUCAUGAGAUUAAGACCAACUGAGUAGAUUAGAAUUGAUUCUUCAAUGUUCGGAUUUGAUAGAUUAGUCAAUGUUCAUGCGGCUUCUUUCCGUACAACAAAAGCCCCAAAAAGUGUUU